AUGGAUCACCCCGACGCCGUUCAGUCCUCCAAGCGUCCCUUCUCCGAGGUGGAGGCUGCUUCCACUUCUCCGCAGCCGCAGCACAAUGGGCAGGACUUGCAGCCACGACCUGCUUCAACUGGUAGACCCCAGCCACUGCGCAACGACCCGGCCGCCGCAGCACGGAGGCUGGUGGAGCUUGGAGCCAAGGUUCCUCUUCCUCUGCCAGAACAUGGUGUGAAUGCACGAAUGCUGCAGCGACGGUCCGCCGCUAUUCUUCGCUAUCUGCGGCAGUCAAAGUACAAAGGGCAAGCCUCGCAGCCCCCAGCUGCUCGGCCCCAGCCACAGCUCAACCGGCAGGCCUUACAGUCUUGGCCUGUUUCUAUUGGUCACCCGCAGCCACAGCACAGCGGGCAGGCCUUACAGUCUCGGCCUGUUUCUAUUGGUCAGCCGCAGCCACAGCAUAGCGGUCAGGACUUGCAGCCUCGGCCUGUUUCUAUUGGUCAGCCGCAGCCACAGCACAGCGGGCAGGCCUUACAGUCUCGGCCUGUUUCUAUUGGUCAGCCGCAGGCACAGCACAGCGGGCAGGCCUUGCAGCCUCGGCCUGUCACGCCGUGGGUGGAGAUGAAGGAUAACGAAGCGGCCAGUGCAGAACAGGAGCUGGCGGAGCUUCUUGGCGACACGAGGAUGAGUGCUCACUUCGCCUCUGCCUUUGACUUCGACUUGUCUCUGUUCGAGGACAACGGUGGCGGCCACGAAUACGAUGGCCCUGAGCGGCAGCCCUGGAGCCCCCGGCCGCCCCCCGAGCUGCACGAGGGCUUGGAGGUGGUGUGGGAGUCAGGGCAGCAGCGGUGUGUGGCCGCAAGCACCAGCCACGUCAGUGACUGCCUUCGGCCCGUCAGGAGGUCCCGCAGCAAGCAGCGGCCCCGCGCGGCGAAGUGCUGGAGAGGUGACGGCGUUGCGCCGCCACAGCACAGCGGGCGAGCCUUGCAGCCGCGGCCUGCUUCAUAUGGUUGGCCGCAUCUACAGCACGACGGGCAGGUCUUGCAACCACGGCCUGCCUCAUAUGGUUGGCCGCAUCCACAGCACGACGGGCAGGUCUUGCAACCACGGCCUGCUUCAUAUGGUUGGCCGCAGCAACAGCACGACGGGCAGGUCUUGUGGCCGCGGGCUACUUCCAUUUCUCCUCCGCAGCCGCAGCACAACGGGCAGACCCUGCAGCCACAGCCUGCUCCUAUUACUUGGCCGCAGCACAACGGGCAGACCCUGCAGCCACAGCCUGCUCCUAUUACUUGGCCGCAGCACAACGGGCAGACCCUGCAGCCACAGCCUGCUCCUAUUACUUGGCCGCAGCACAACGGGCAGACCCUGCAGCCACAGCCUGCUCCUAUUACUUGGCCGCAGCACAACGGGCAGACCCUGCAGCCACAGCCUGCUCCUAUUACUUGGCCGCAGCACAACGGGCAGACCCUGCAGCCACAGCCUGCUCCUAUUACUUGGCCGCAGCCGCAGCACAACGGGCAGGCCUUGCAGCCACGACCUGCUUCACCUGGUAGGCCGCAGCCACGGCUGGUGGAGGUUGGAGGCACCCCCGCCACUGUUCACGGCACCGCUGCCUCUCACCUCGACGUUGCCACACUCGAGGACGGCGGUGGUGCUGGCGGCGACAGUUCCUUGUAUUUGACUUAUGGGAACGGCUGGCUGUCGCGGAAGAGACCUCCAGCAGACCAAGAGGUGAAUUACACAGAGUAA